GUUUAUCAUUCGCUGAACACCACUCUGUGGUGCUGGCUCAUCCUUGGAAAACAAGGUAUCAGAGCCCCGACCAUCGCAAAAUCACAUCGUGUUUCAACCGUUGGUGAAAAUCUUCUUUAUCGCUCGACGCACGGAUAUUUGACAUGUUCAAGUGCGUCCUUGCCACCGCCAUAUUGGCGUUGGCUCUAGCGCGGCCAGAGCCACCGGUGAAUUCGUAUCUGCCACCGGGUCGAGGUGGUCCAAAUGGUGGUGGCGGUUCACCAGGUUUUGGAGGCAGCGGUGGACCCCCGUCAGACCAAUACGGUCCACCAGGUUUUGGAGGCGGCAGCGGUCCUUCGGGUGGUGGUGGAUUCGGUGGUGGAAACGGAGGCGGCAAGCCAUCCAGCAGCUACGGACCUCCUGGAGCAGGCGGAAACGGUGGUGGAAAUGGAUUUGGAGGUGGUAGUGGCGGAAACGGAGGUGGCAGACCAUCAAGCAGCUACGGUGCACCUGGAGGCGCUGGAGGAAACGGAGGUGGAUUCGGAGGAGGUGGCAGCGGAAGUGGGAAUGGCGGUAGCAGACCAUCGAGCACCUACGGUGCACCAGGUGGGCCAGGAAGUAACGGGGCCGGAUUCGGUGGAAAUGGUGGAAACGGAGGUGGCAGGCCAUCAAGCAGUUACGGAGCUCCAGGUGGGCCAGGAAGCAACGGUGGAGGUUUCGGCGGUGGAAACGGCGGUGGAAACGGAGGUGGCAGACCAUCAAGCAGCUACGGAGCUCCAGGUGGGACAGGAAGUAGCGCUGGAGGUUUCGGAGGUGGAAACGGAGGUGGAAAUGGAGGUGGUAGGCCAUCAAGCAGCUACGGAGCGCCAGGAGGUGCUGGAGGCAACGGAGGAGGCAGACCAUCGAGCAGUUACGGAGCCCCUGGUGCUGGAGGCAACGGUGGUGGAUUCGGAGGAGGUAGCAACGGUGGAAAUGGAGGAAACGGAGGUGGCAGACCAUCGAGCAGCUACGGUGCUCCUGGCGCGGGAGGAAACGGAGGUGGAUUUGGAAGUGGCGGUCUUUCGGACAGCUACGGAGCUCCUGCUGCAGGUGCUAACGGAGGCGGUAAUGGAGGAGCCGAUGGUUACGCAUCUGGUGGGCCUGGAGGAAACGGCGGAGGAUUUGGAAAUGGCGGUAGCAGCGGAGGUGGCGGCAGCGGAUACGGCAGCGAAGCGGGUGACGAUGGCGGAAACGAACCGGCAAAGUACGAGUUCUCUUACGAAGUAAAGGAUGAAGAGUCUGGCAGCAAUUUUGGACACACCGAAACUCGUGACGGCGACAGAGCUCAGGGUGAAUUCAAUGUCCUUCUGCCUGACGGCAGGAAACAGAUAGUCGAAUACGAGGCUGAUCAGGACGGAUUUAAACCUCAAAUAAGGUACGAAGGUGAAGCUGGAUCCGAGGGUUACGGCUCUGGUGGACCGGGUGAAAAUGGCGGCAAUGGAGGUUCCGGUUCAGGUGGAAACGGUGGUUAUCCCUCCGGUGGGCCAGGCGGCAACGGAGCCGGCAACGGUGGAUACUCUUCCGGAGGACCUGGAGGUAACGGAGGUGGAAACGGUGGAUACCCUUCGGGCGGACCCGGAGGCAACGGAGGUGGAAAUGGUGGAUACUCUUCGGGAGGAUCCGGAGGCAACGGAGGUGGAAAUGGUGGAUACUCUUCAGGAGGACCCGGAGGCAACGGAGGCAGUGGAUUCGGUGGAGGUAACGGAAACGGAAACGGUAACGGAGGCUAUUCUGCCGGUGGUCCAAGUGGCGGUAACGGCGGAGGAUUCGGAGGCGGCGGAAACGGCGGAUACCCAUCCGGCGGACCAUCAGGAAACGGAGGCAACGGUGGAUUCGGAGGCGGACGAGGCGGUGGAAGCGGUGGAAGCGGUGGAAGCGGUGGAGGCGGAAACGGGAACGCUGGCUACCCUUCCGGGGGUCCCAACGGCGGUAACGGAGGUGGAAACGGCGGCGGCUACCCGUCGGGGAGCGGAGGUGACGCGGCGGCUAACGGCGGUUAUCAAUACUAAUACCCACCGAUUUAGUUAGACACAAAUGGCCUGUUAUAUAAUGUACGAUAAUAUCGACUUGCCGGAUUAACUUAUUGUUUUUCAUUUAGCCAUACACGCACAGACAUACCAUACAUAUAAUUUAUAUACUGUGUAAUCACGUUCUCGUAUUAUAUAUGUUAUUAUCAUUAUUAUAUUAUCAAGCCGCUAUACGUACGUUAUAAUCGUAUAAUACGCAGUAUACUUAGUUUUAUUCAACGCGUAACACGAAACGAGCUCUGAUCCCGAUCGUGUCUCACGUAUAAUAUGAUAAUCAUCCAUUCCAUCAUCCCAGAUCUCGCCCCGAGUUUAGCCUCAGGGUUCUCAAGGAUGGCUCGCGGUAACAAUACGUUAUACAACUAUGCUCACUAAAUUCAACAAGUUUGAUCUCUCGUAUUUCGUUUUCGUCCAUCAUGCGUGACAGUUGUAUCAGUAGAGUUCAUUCCGUUUCUUCUGUAUCACAAAGUAGUAAAACCUCUAAUUAGCAUUUACUCUCGAUUUUUACUUUCUCUUACGUCUUUAAUCAGAUCUCACUAUGUAUCUCUAAUAGUUUAAAUAUCUAUAACUCGCAAUCGUGCGAUUGCUAUAGUCUAGAUCAUCUCCGUCUAUCACCAUAACGAAUUGUUUACAAUUUAUGAAAAAUGAGAAAUAAUAAUAAUAAAUAUAAGACAUUAUACAAUGCUUGCGUAUC